UAGGACCUCUAUCCAGACUUUGCCUGACACUGCAGGGUCCAAGAGAAUUAAAGAAAUACGGAAUGACAUGAAGAAGAUUAGUUAAGGAUUAUAGGCUUUGAGGACAAACACCUCAGUGAGGUGAAGCACAGACAAGCUCCUGAGCUGUAGUUUGGAGGAGCCGUGUGUCGGAAGAAGAUGGCGGAUCCAGGAAUGAUGAGUCUUUUUGGCGAGGAUGGGAAUAUUUUCAGUGAAGGCCUUGAAGGCCUUGGAGAAUGUGGUUACCCUGAAAAUCCGGUGAACCCCAUGGGUCAGCAAAUGCCGAUAGACCAAGGCUUUGCCUCCUUGCAGCCAUCCCUUCAUCAUCCCUCCACUAAUCAAAAUCAAACAAAGCUGACCCAUUUCGACCACUAUAAUCAGUACGAGCAACAGAAGAUGCAUCUGAUGGAUCAGCCAAACAGGAUGAUGAGCAGCGCCCCUGGGAACGGGCUCGCGUCUCCUCACUCGCAGUAUCACGGCCCUCCCGUCCCUCAGGCCCCCCAUGGUGGCAGUGGCGGCACUCAGAUGGGCGUCUACCCUGGCCUGCAGAACGAAAGGCACGGGCAGUCUUUCGUGGACAGCGGCUCCAUGUGGGGCCCCCGGGCUGUGCAGGUGCCGGACCAGAUACGGGCCCCCUACCAGCAGCAGCCCCAGCCCCAGCCACCCCAGCCUGCUCCGUCGGGGCCCCCCACGCAGGGCCACCCUCAGCACAUGCAGCAGAUGGGCAGUUACAUGGCACGUGGGGAUUUUUCCAUGCAGCAGCAUGGUCAGCCACAGCAGAGGAUGAGCCAGUUUUCCCAAGGCCAGGAGGGCCUCAAUCAGGCCAGUCCUUUCAUUGCCACGUCGGGCCCUGGCCACUUGUCCCAUGUGCCCCCGCAGAGUCCCAGCAUGGCGCCUUCCUUGCGUCAUUCGGUGCAGCAGUUCCACCACCACCCCACUACUGGUCUCCACGGAGAAUCCGUUGCCCACAGUCCCAGAUUCUCCCCUAAUCCUCCUCAGCAAGGGGCUGUGAGGCCACAGACCCUUACCUUUAGUUCUCGGAGCCAGACCGUCCCCUCACCUACUAUAAACAACUCAGGGCAGUAUUCUCGAUAUCCUUACAGUAACCUAAAUCAGGGAUUAGUUAACAAUACAGGGAUGAAUCAAAAUUUAGGCCUUACAAAUAAUACUCCAAUGAAUCAGUCCGUACCAAGAUACCCCAAUGCUGUAGGAUUCCCAUCGAACAGUGGUCAAGGACUAAUGCACCAGCAGCCCAUCCACCCCAGCGGCUCACUUAACCAAAUGAACACACAAACUAUGCAUCCUUCACAGCCUCAGGGAACUUACGCCUCUCCACCUCCCAUGUCACCCAUGAAAGCGAUGAGUAAUCCGGCAGGCACCCCUCCUCCGCAGGUCAGGCCCGGAAGUGCUGGGAUGCCAAUGGAAGUUGGCAGUUAUCCAAAUAUGCCCCACCCUCAGCCGUCUCACCAGCCCCCUGGUGCCAUGGGAAUCGGACAGAGGAACAUGGGCCCCCGAAACAUGCAGCCGUCUCGUCCGUUCAUGGGCAUGUCCUCAGCACCGAGGGAGUUGGCCGGGCACAUGAGACCAAAUGGUUGUCCUGGUGUUGGCCUUGCAGAUCCCCAAGCCAUCCAGGAACGACUGCUGCCUGGCCAACAGCAUCCUGGUCAGCAGCCGUCUUUCCAGCAGUUGCCAACCUGCCCUCCGAUGCAGCCCCACCCGGGCUUGCACCACCAGUCGUCACCCCCACACCCGCAUCACCAGCCUUGGGCACAGCUCCACCCAUCACCCCAGAACACCCCGCAGAAAGUGCCUGUGCCUCAGGUAAGGGGACUCGGAUCCUGCUGGCCUCACAGUAGAAAGUGCAACACGCAUUCUCCAUCGGAGCCCUUUCUAGAGAAACCAGUGCCGGAUAUGACUCAGGUUAGCGGGCCGAACGCCCAGCUAGUGAAGAGUGAUGAGUACCUGCCGUCCGGAGAUCAGCAGCCACAGCAGAAGAAGAAGAAGAAGAAAAACAACCACAUUGUUGCAGAGGAUCCCAGUAAAAGUUUUGGUAAAGAUGACUUCCCUGGUGGGGUUGAUAACCAAGAACUAAAUAGGAACUCACUAGAUGGGUCCCAAGAAGAGAAAAAGAAAAAGAAAAGGCCGAAGGUAAAAAAAGAUCCGAAGGAACCGAAAGAACCCAAGGAGAAAAAAGAGCCCAAGGAACCCAAGACCCCGAAAGCCCCUAAGAUUCCCAAAGAGCCAAAGGAAAAGAAAGCAAAAACUGCCACGCCAAAACCCAAAUCCAGCAAAAAGUCAAGUAAUAAGAAACCUGAUUCAGAAGCAAGUGCUUUGAAGAAAAAGGUCAACAAGGGAAAAACAGAAGGUUCUGAAAAUUCAGACUUAGACAAAACGCCCCCACCAUCUCCUCCUCCUGAAGAAGAUGAGGACCCCGGUGUUCAGAAGAGACGUUCCAGUAGGCAAGUGAAGAGAAAGCGAUACACGGAAGACUUGGAGUUCAAAAUUUCUGAUGAGGAGGCAGAUGAUGCAGACACUGCUGGUAGAGACUCCCCCUCCAACACCUCGCAGUCGGAGCAGCAGGAAUCUGUUGAUGCAGAAGGUCCAGUGGUAGAAAAAAUCAUGAGCAGUCGUUCAGUAAAAAAACAGAAGGACUCUGGAGAGGAGGUAGAAGUUGAGGAAUUCUAUGUGAAAUACAAAAACUUCUCUUAUCUUCAUUGUCAAUGGGCAUCUGUAGAAGAUCUGGAAAAAGAUAAGAGAAUUCAGCAAAAGAUCAAACGAUUUAAGGCAAAGCAGGGCCAGAACAAAUUCCUUUCAGAGAUUGAAGAUGAGCUUUUUAAUCCAGAUUAUGUGGAGGUUGACCGGAUAAUGGACUUUGCACGUAGCACAGAUGAACGGGGAGAGCCUGUGACUCACUAUCUGGUGAAGUGGUGCUCCCUGCCUUACGAAGACAGCACGUGGGAGCUAAGGCAGGACAUAGAUCAAGCGAAGAUCGAAGAGUUUGAGAAACUAAUGUCCAGGGAGCCAGAAACAGAGCGUGUGGAGCGACCUCCUGCUGAUGAUUGGAAGAAAUCGGAGAGUUCCAGGGAGUACAAAAACAAUAACAAACUCAGGGAAUACCAGUUGGAGGGAGUAAACUGGCUACUUUUCAAUUGGUACAACAUGCGAAACUGCAUUUUAGCAGAUGAAAUGGGUUUGGGAAAAACUAUCCAGUCCAUUACAUUUCUCUAUGAGAUAUAUUUGAAAGGAAUCCAUGGCCCUUUUUUAGUAAUUGCCCCAUUGUCCACAAUCCCCAACUGGGAAAGGGAGUUCCGUACCUGGACAGAGUUGAAUGUGGUUGUGUAUCAUGGGAGUCAAGCUAGUCGUCGGACCAUUCAGUUGUAUGAAAUGUACUUCAAAGAUCCCCAGGGUCGAGUGAUAAAAGGGUCCUAUAAGUUUCAUGCCAUCAUCACUACAUUUGAGAUGAUUUUGACGGAUUGUCCUGAGCUGCGGAAUAUUCCAUGGCGCUGUGUAGUCAUUGAUGAAGCCCACAGGCUGAAGAAUAGGAACUGCAAGCUGCUGGAGGGGCUCAAGAUGAUGGACUUGGAACACAAAGUGCUGCUGACGGGGACCCCACUACAGAACACUGUGGAAGAGCUCUUCAGCUUGCUUCAUUUCUUGGAACCAAGUCGCUUCCCUUCAGAAACCACCUUUAUGCAAGAAUUUGGUGAUCUGAAAACUGAAGAACAGGUGCAAAAACUCCAGGCUAUUCUAAAGCCAAUGAUGUUGCGACGUCUCAAGGAGGAUGUGGAAAAGAACUUGGCCCCCAAAGAAGAAACUAUAAUUGAAGUUGAGCUAACAAAUAUUCAGAAAAAAUAUUACCGAGCCAUCCUUGAGAAGAAUUUCACGUUUCUCUCCAAAGGUGGUGGUCAAGCUAACGUACCUAAUCUUUUAAACACUAUGAUGGAAUUACGGAAGUGCUGCAAUCAUCCAUACCUUAUCAACGGUGCUGAAGAGAAAAUUUUGGAAGAGUUUAAAGAAACACACAAUGCAGACUCUCCAGAUUUUCAGCUCCAGGCGAUGAUCCAGGCUGCUGGCAAGCUAGUGCUGAUUGACAAGCUGCUGCCAAAACUGAAGGCUGGUGGCCACAGGGUGCUUAUCUUUUCCCAGAUGGUGCGCUGCUUGGACAUACUGGAAGACUACCUCAUUCAAAGACGGUACCCGUACGAGAGGAUCGACGGCAGAGUGAGAGGAAAUCUCCGCCAGGCAGCUAUUGACAGAUUCUCCAAACCUGAUUCUGACCGGUUUGUUUUCCUCCUGUGCACAAGGGCGGGAGGUUUAGGCAUUAAUCUUACUGCUGCUGAUACCUGCAUCAUCUUCGAUUCCGACUGGAAUCCCCAAAAUGAUCUCCAGGCUCAGGCUAGAUGUCAUAGAAUAGGACAGAGCAAAUCUGUGAAGAUCUACAGGCUGAUUACAAGAAAUUCUUAUGAGAGGGAAAUGUUCGACAAGGCGAGUUUGAAGCUCGGCCUGGAUAAAGCUGUGCUGCAGUCCAUGAGUGGGAGAGAAAGCGCUACCAAUGGGGUACAACAGCUUUCCAAGAAAGAAAUAGAAGAUCUGCUACGAAAAGGGGCCUAUGGUGCACUCAUGGAUGAGGAGGAUGAAGGGUCUAAGUUCUGCGAAGAAGAUAUUGAUCAGAUUCUCCUGCGGCGAACCCACACUAUCACCAUUGAGUCUGAAGGGAAAGGUUCCACAUUUGCUAAGGCCAGUUUUGUUGCAUCUGGAAAUAGGACAGAUAUUUCCUUGGAUGAUCCAAAUUUCUGGCAAAAGUGGGCUAAGAAGGCUGAAUUGGAUAUUGAUGCCUUAAAUGGGAGGAACAACCUGGUUAUUGACACUCCGAGAGUGAGGAAGCAAACCAGGCUGUACAGUGCAGUGAAAGAAGACGAGCUGAUGGAAUUUUCAGACUUGGAGAGUGAUUCUGAAGAGAAGCCAUGCCCGAAGCCACGCCGGCCCCAGGACAGGUCACAGGGCUAUGCUCGGAGUGAGUGCUUUAGAGUUGAGAAGAAUCUGCUCGUCUAUGGCUGGGGACGGUGGACAGAUAUCCUUUCCCACGGACGCUACAAGCGUCAGCUCACCGAGCAAGACGUAGAAACCAUCUGCAGAACCAUCCUCGUGUACUGUCUCAAUCAUUACAAGGGGGAUGAGAAUAUCAAAAGCUUCAUCUGGGAUUUGAUCACGCCCACGGCGGACGGCCAGACGCGAGCCUUGGUCAAUCACUCUGGUUUAUCUGCCCCAGUGCCACGGGGAAGGAAAGGAAAGAAGGUGAAAGCCCAGAGCACACAUCCGGUGGUGCAGGAUGCCGACUGGCUGGCGGGUUGCAACCCGGACGCCCUGUUCCAGGAGGACAGCUACAAGAAGCACCUGAAGCACCACUGUAACAAGGUCCUGCUGCGUGUCCGCAUGCUGUACUACCUGAGACAAGAAGUUAUAGGAGACCAGGCAGAUAAGAUUUUAGAGGGUGCUGACUCAAGUGAAGCUGAUGUGUGGAUCCCUGAACCCUUCCAUGCUGAAGUCCCCACAGACUGGUGGGACAAGGAGGCGGAUAAGUCCCUCCUAAUUGGAGUGUUCAAACACGGCUACGAGAAGUACAAUUCCAUGCGAGCUGACCCCGCACUCUGCUUCCUGGAACGAGUUGGUAUGCCCGACGCCAAGGCCAUCGCUGCCGAGCAGAGAGGAACAGACGUGCUAGCAGAUGGCGGUGACGGGGGAGAAUUUGAUAGAGAAGACGAAGACCCAGAAUAUAAACCAACCAGGACGCCAUUCAAGGAUGAGAUAGAUGAAUUUGCAAAUUCUCCUCCAGAAGAUAAAGAGGAAUCCAUGGAAAUACAUACCACAGGCAAGCCCAGUGAGAGUGCUGCUGAGUUAGGCCAACUCUACUGGCCCAACACCUCAACCCUGACUACCCGCCUGCGCCGGCUCAUUACUGCCUAUCAGCGCAGCUAUAAAAGGCAACAAAUGAGGCAAGAGGCUCUCAUGAAGACGGACCGGCGGAGGCGACGGCCCCGGGAGGAAGUGAGAGCACUAGAAGCAGAAAGGGAAGCUAUAAUAUCCGAGAAACGGCAAAAGUGGACAAGAAGAGAAGAGGCUGAUUUUUACCGUGUGGUAUCUACUUUUGGAGUUAUUUUUGACCCCAUGAAACAGCAGUUUGACUGGAACCAGUUUCGAGCCUUUGCCAGACUUGACAAAAAGUCUGAUGAGAGUUUGGAGAAAUACUUCAGUUGUUUUGUGGCCAUGUGUAGGCGAGUGUGUCGAAUGCCCGCUAAGCCAGAUGAUGAACCACCUGACCUCUCCUCCAUGAUCGAGCCAAUCACAGAAGAGCGUGCCUCUAGAACUCUCUACCGCAUCGAGCUGCUGCGGAAAAUACGCGAGCAGGUUCUUCAUCACCCUCAGCUGGGAGAGAGGCUGAAGCUCUGCCAGCCGAGUUUGGAUCUGCCGGAGUGGUGGGAAUGUGGGAGGCAUGACCGGGACUUGCUGGUUGGUGCUGCUAAACACGGGGUCAGUCGGACGGAUUAUCACAUCCUCAACGACCCCGAGUUAUCUUUCUUGGAUGCACACAAAAACUUUGCUCAGAACAGAGGGGCAGGGAACAUGCCCUCCCUGACCCCACUGGCCAUUGGAUUUGGCCAGACUCCUGCCGUCCUCCCGUCUGCUCACGUUCAGGAAGACAAGGCGACAGGACAAAGUGAAGGCAGAGCGGAAGAGUCUGGAAGCGCGGCUGCCCAAGAGAAAGCUGAGGGGAAGGAAGAGGAGGAAGAGACCGAUGGCGGGGAGAAGGACAGUAAGCAGGGAUGUGAGGCCGAGUCCAGCUCUGUAAAAAGUGAACUGAAAGGGAUGGAGGUCAGUGCAGAUACAGGGCCCAAGUCUAUUUCAGAAAAAGGUUCUGAAGAGGACGAGGAAGAAAAGCUGGAGGAUGAUGAUAAGUCAGAGGAAUCUUCCCAGCCUGAAGUAGGAACUGUCUCUAGAGGGAAGAAUUUUGAUGAGGAAAGCAAUGCUUCCAUGAGCACCGCUAGGGAUGAAACCCGAGAUGGGUUCUACAUGGAGGAUGGAGACCCUUCAGUAGCUCAGCUCCUUCAUGAAAGAACAUUUGCCUUCUCAUUUUGGCCUAAGGACCGAGUAAUGAUAAACCGAUUAGACAACAUCUGUGAAGCAGUGCUGAAGGGCAAAUGGCCGGUAAACAGGCGCCAGAUGUUUGAUUUCCAGGGCCUCAUCCCUGGUUACACGCCACCCACCAUGGAUAGCCCCCUGCAGAAGAGGAGCUUUGCCGAGCUCUCCAUGGUCGGCCAAGCUAGCAUCAGUGGGAGCGAGGACCUCACGACCUCUCCUCAGUUGUCAAAGGAAGACGCCCUCAACCUCUCUGUCCCUCGCCAGCGGAGGAGGAGGAGGAGAAAAAUUGAAAUCGAGGCCGAAAGAGCUGCCAAGCGGCGGAACCUCAUGGAAAUGGUGGCCCAGCUGCGGGAGUCUCAGGUGGUCUCAGAAAAUGGACAAGAAAAAGUUGUAGACUUAUCAAAGGCCUCGAGAGAGGCAGCAAGCUCUACCUCAAAUUUUUCAUCUCUUACUUCAAAGUUUAUCUUGCCUAAUGUCUCGACACCGGUGUCCGAUGCCUUUAAGACUCAAAUGGAGCUGCUCCAGGCAGGCCUGUCACGCACACCCACGAGGCAUCUGCUUAAUGGCUCCCUGGUGGAUGGAGAGCCUCCCAUGAAGAGGAGGCGGGGAAGGAGGAAAAACGUGGAGGGUCUCGAUCUGCUUUUCAUGAGCCACAAACGGACAUCAUUGAGUGCAGAGGAUGCUGAGGUGACCAAAGCUUUUGAAGAAGAUAUAGAGACCCCACCCACAAGAAACAUUCCUUCUCCUGGACAGCUGGACCCAGACACGCGGAUCCCUGUGAUAAAUCUUGAAGACGGGACUAGGCUGGUGGGGGAGGACGCUCCUAAAAAUAAGGAUUUAGUUGAAUGGCUGAAGCUGCAUCCUACUUACACUGUUGAUAUGCCAAGUUAUGUACCAAAGAAUGCGGAUGUGCUGUUUUCCUCAUUUCAGAAACCGAAACAGAAACGACAUAGAUGUCGAAACCCUAAUAAAUUGGAUAUAAACACUUUGACGGGAGAAGAAAGGGUGCCUGUUGUCAAUAAACGAAAUGGAAAGAAGAUGGGUGGAGCUAUGGCGCCUCCAAUGAAGGACCUGCCCAGGUGGCUGGAAGAGAACCCUGAAUUUGCAGUUGCUCCGGACUGGACUGAGAUAGUGAAGCAGUCUGGUUUUGUUCCUGAGUCCAUGUUUGACCGCCUUCUCACCGGCCCUGUGGUGCGGGGAGAAGGAGCGAGCAGGCGAGGACGAAGGCCCAAGAGUGAGAUCGCCCGGGCAGCGGCGGCGGCGGCCGCGGCGGCGGCCUCCACGUCAGGCAUCAACCCUCUGUUGGUGAACAGCCUGUUUGCUGGAAUGGACCUCACGAGCCUUCAGAACCUCCAGAACCUGCAGUCUCUGCAGCUGGCGGGGCUCAUGGGCUUCCCUCCGGGACUGGCCACGGCGGCCGCCGCCGGAAGCGACGCUAAGAACCCCGCGGCCGUGCUGCCGCUGAUGCUGCCGGGCAUGGCGGGCCUGCCCAAUGUGUUCGGCCUGGGCGGGCUGCUCAACAGCCCCCUCUCGGCCGCCGCUGCCGGCAACGCCUCGACGGCUUCGGGCCCAGGAGAGCCGGAAGACGGCGCUUCCAAAGCCGAGGACAAAGGCAACGAGAACGAGGACGAGAACAAAGACUCUGAGAAAAGCACAGACGCUGUUUCGGCUGCUGACUCUGCGAAUGGAUCUGUUGGUGCUGCUACUGCCCCGGCCGGAUUGCCCUCCAACCCGCUCGCCUUCAACCCCUUCCUCCUGUCCACCAUGGCGCCAGGCCUCUUCUACCCAUCCAUGUUUCUACCUCCGGGACUGGGGGGAUUGACACUGCCUGGGUUCCCCGCGUUAGCAGGACUCCAGAACGCCGUGGGCGCCGGCGAAGAAAAGGCCCCCGACAAGGCCGAGGGGGCCGCCUUCCAGGAAGAGGAGCACCUGGAAGGCAGUGACGCCGAGGAGAACCUGGACAAGACUGCGGAGUCCUCCAUCUUCGAAGACGAAGUAGCACAGGGUGAAGAGCUGGACUCACUUGACGGGGGGGACGAACUAGACAACAAUGAAAAUGAUGAAUAACCAGUACCAGUUCCAGUUCAAGUGUUUAAAACUUUUGACAAGUGGUAGUCCUACUGUUUACACUCACAGUUAAUGUUCAUACCUAGUUUUAUAAGCUGUUCUGUAACAUAGUGUAGCAAAAAAAGAAAAAAAAAGUCCAAGUCAUGUUAUACAGGUGUGUCAAAAGGUAUCUUGGUCAUUAAGUAUUGUGCAGUGCAUUAUUUAUUAUCCCUAGGAGAGAUGAAAUUUGAGAGGUGAUCAUGUCUUUUUAAGGAAACUUACAUAAUGCUCUGCUUUUUUUUUUUUUUUUUCCUUUUGGUACCAUUGGUAUUAUAAUAAAGAGCAAUUUGUAACUGAGUGGCACUAAUGGAAGGAAGUGCUGCUCAAAGGAAGUAUGAAGUUAUAUAUUUAAUUUUUUAAUUUUAAUUUUUUUGCUGUGAAGGUCAAGAUGAAAUUUACCGUACAUAUCAUACUUGCUCAUUGGUUUCCCUUUUGACCGUAUGGGGGUUCCCACACUUGCGCAUCCACACACAUCCAUACACUCUGACAAUCUCCACGUUAGUGUGAACGUCUCUGUCCCGAGGCGCAGCAAUAAUAAGGCAGCUGUUGAAUGUGAAGGGUCCCUUUGGAAAUUAACCUACUGGGAGGGUUCUUGCCAGACAGAACUACAGUUCCAUUGUCUCGUGGUCUUGUAAUGCACUGGUAUAAACAAAAUAAAUAGGUGAAUAAAUAAAGAGUGAGAGAAGAGAGAAUCAGGUACCUUUUUUAAAUUAAAGGACUUUGUUACUUUAGCCACAAAGCUAAAACAGCAUUACCUCAGCUCUAAACUAGCCUUGAAGUUUACAGACAUGACUUUGUAAAUGUAUUGUUUUUCUUUGUUGUGAUGUCCUUUUAUUUUUUUCUUUGAAAACUGCUAUCAUGUAAGAUAAAAUGUAAAUUGCUGCCAACUGUAGUAAUGAUGCUUUUAAUAAAAGUGACCCAUGAUAUGCAGAGAUGUAAUUAUAGAAUGUAGUAUGUAGGGAACUGGUGUUCACUCUAUUUUUUGUAUUCGCAAUAGAUGCAAAUACAGCAUUCUGGCCUUUG